GAAAUUACAGGAAAGAUGAUGAAACGAAAACAGUAAUUUCAGCUUGGUAAAAAAUAAAAUCUCAGGAGGAGAAAUUAAAGACGUAAAACCUGCAAGAGCGCCACCAAAAAAAAAAAAAAAAAAAAAAAAAAAAUUGAUUGCUAAUUGGGGGAAGAGAAUUCUAGAAAGGACUGAAACAAGGUGCUAUGGAAUAAUCUUUCAAACUCAUUUGAAAUAACAAUUCAAAAUGUUCUGAAAACUCACUUUUUAGAAAUGUAUUUCAAUUUUUAAAAAAAAAGGUAAUCCAGCAACAUAUUUCUUUGUCCUUUUCUUGUUCUAAAGCACAUGGGGACAUAUAAUUUUAUUACGAUUAUUUUAUAUGGCAAGUUAUCAUUUCUGCAGAAUAUUAUGCAUACUGUAGUGUAAAUCUGUAGUAGAGAUAUGGUGCAUUUGUAAAAUAUUUCUUUAUAUUUCAGUCAUUCAAAAUAUGCAUUCUCUUGUCUUAUUGGUGAAGCUGUAGUCAACAUUUUCUAAUAUUGUAAGGAUAAUAUCUUUCAUUGACCAGGGAUCAUCUUAUAAUGCUGCAUCUCGUGGGAUGAUACGCUAUGGAUUCAGAUGGGGAUGGAGAACAGCCAUAUUGGCCGGUUGUUAUCAUGGUAUAAGCACAUCGCUUGCAGUGUACAGAGACAAACAGGAUAUGAUCUGUUACACAGUUGCUGGAGUGAGUACAGGUGUAUUGUAUAGAAUCAACCUUGGUCUGCGAGGCAUGGUUGGUGGUGCAUUUGUAGGCGGUUUGCUUGGUAUACCAUGUGGUGCACUUUUGCUUGGAUUCCAACAUGUUAUGGGAGAGACAUUCAUAGAAAAACAUAGAAGAGUAAGGGCAGAACAACAAGCUGAAAAGUUGCAAGAACGCUCUCUUCGAAUGUCCAUCACUCCUAGAAUGAUGGAAAUCAUGGAGGAAUCUAUUCAGAAAAGUGAGCAACUAUUACAAGAGAAGAAGCAAGUGGAGCUUACAUCAACAUCAUCUCCAUCUACAUAGUAUAUAUUUAAAGCAUUAAUUUUUUUUUUAAUCUAUAGCAUCUGUUGUGCCUUCUCCGGUGCUGUAAAAAUCACAGACUUCAUUGAAUUAUAGAUUUUAUUUGCAUUAAAUGCAAACAUGUUAUUUAAAAAAAAAAAAUCAAUUUUAGUCACGACACUCCAGAAAUUAUGCUACUUUUAUUCAAUUCAAAUGCAUUCUGUUAUUAAAUUCAUGAUUUCUACAGAGUUUAACCACAGAAGAAAUGAAAAUAGACUGAUCGGUGUACUAGCCUGAUAAGGUUAAUCCCUAUCAGUCUACAUUGAACUUACUGUCUAUUUUGAACUCCUCUUAUUCCUGUUCCUGUUACAUGUCUAAAACCCAGCCCACAUCCAAGUAUAAUUAUUAGUGCUCGGUAUGGUAGAACACAAUGGUUUCCAACCGUUUCCAUGGGGACCCAUUUGAUUUUAUCAGAAACAAUGCAACACAAAAUAAAUGAAAAAUUUGAACUGAAUGCGAAUUUCACUACAUGCAUGAUUUCCCAACAGAUGUUUGUUUCAAUUCAAAGCCUCUUACAUUACAAUAUCAUCCCGUUGUUAGGUUUCCAUACAACCUCGCCUGUAAUGGUGACAUAGCUUAGCCGGGGGGGGGGGGGGAUGGGGGGAGGCACUCACAUAUACCGGUAUUGGUGGUACGGGGAUGUGCCGCUUUGAUGACUCCCUUUUUCAGACCUAAUUUUCAGUUCUCUUGAUACUCUGAAUGACAAAAGUUCCUUUCAGAAGCCACCUUGUCCCGCUCGCAAGACCCCCUUUAUGAAACAUUUCAAUUCCAUGGCCCUGCCAAAAUUGUCCAUCGUGGGCACCGCAUGCGAGAACUGCACACACGGCUUCACGACUUCCUCCGAAAGCAGCUCCUUGCACCGCUAGGGCCCACACAUACAUGCACAGUGCUAGCGUGCACCGUACCGCGAUCCUGUUUUUCACACCACCUGGUAUAUAUUUAGUUCCCAAGACCCUGUAUUUUACCCUUGUGAUCAGUUCUUUAGACCCUCAUUUCAGGGUUUCGUGAGGCACAUCCCCAUCAAAAUAUAAUUUGAGUGCCCCUCCCCCCCCCCCCCUCUCCCCGGGAGCUUAGCACCAUCAUGGGGUACAGGCAACCUUGUAAACCAAUAUGAUGGCGUACAGUGACAGGGAAUGAUAUGGUAACAUUUUAGGCCAAUGGAUUAAAGACGGAGCAACAAAUCUUGCUCUCAAAUCGUUUAUUUCUAAUAGUUCAAUUAUGUUUAUUGAAAGUUACAAAUUAAAGGGGAAUCAAGCCUUGGUAAUAAAUUGUUGUAUUGGAAAGGAGAAAAAUAAAUAAAACAAAAUGGUGAAAGUUUGAAAGAAAUCGGACAAGCAAUAAGAAAGUUAUGGCUGCUUUAAAAUUGAGAUCCCAAAGACUAUGUACAUGUAGAUUUCAGAUUGGCAACUGAGUAAGUAUAUUAUGAUAAGAGGCAAGGACACCUUUCCAUAGGCUUAAUUAUCAGGGAUUUGUGGUUUCCUCCCAAGUACCCAUUCCUCUGGGGCAGUAAUCUAGAUAUAACACGGGUAUUAUAUUUUUGUGUGUCCUCAUAAAAGAAAAAAAUAAUUUAAGUAAAACUUAAAAAAAAUUACAUUUCAGCCAUUUUAUGUAUUGGAGUACAUGGAAGAGUAGUCCUUGCCCAAAGAGAUAUAUACUAAUAACGCUAGAGGGCAUACUUCGUCAAAUCUCUGUGAUUACGCGGAGACCGGCCGCCAUUACUCGAUAGGUCUUCGCAGCCUGCCAUGCACGUACAGUACCUAUGGGGCAUGUACAGUGAUAGCACAGAAACGGAACAAAAUGAUGACAUAUGAGCUCGAAAGCAAAUGGAAAAGCAAAAUUGUAAAUCGCACUCGAUUAAAGUUCAAAUUAACAAAGAAUCUAUCAAAACUGAGGACAAAACUGCCUAUAAUAGACUUAUCUAUAGGGCAUAAUAUACUUAUGAGUCCAACGAUAUACAUCGAUCCCAAUCGUUUUUGCUUUGGUCAUAACAUUUCGAUGUAUCAUAAUGACUUCUAUUUUCUGAUGAUUUGGAAGGGAUGAAUAUUAAAACUAACAUGCAGGCCUAGGCAUAUCGUUCUAGGUCCUGCAAAUUUAACAUGAUCUGGUGUUCAAGUUGACCUUAGAAAUUUCAUAGGCCCUUUCACAGUGUCUGAUGCAUCCGAGACACAAUUAAGGUAUCGAAAAAAACACGAUUGCAUUUUUUUUUCAAGUAUAUAUUUUCUUAAUUACUAUGAUGCUGAUUGCUGAUGAUUCAUUUCUUUACUUUUGAUAAUUUUUUAAAUUUAUUUUACAUAUAGAUCUACACAUAGAAAUCAUAUAUUGAAUAGGGCCUAACUCCUUUCCCCAUGGUUUUAAACGUCGAUGUAACCAACAUCACAAUAACUCGUGAGUCAUAAAAUGACUUUUAUUGAUAAUAUUUGAAAAUGAUUUAUGCAUUGGUCCAGUUAAUUGAUAUGUUUAUGAUUUAAAUUUUCCAAUGCUGUCAACCAUCCGGUCAUAUUGAUUACUUAAUAUAUACGUGCGAGCAAUUUAGAAAUGUUUGUUGACAGCAAAAUUUGCAUAUCAAAUGCGCGCAUGCAGUAGUACAAUUUUGCAAUGUACAGGAGGCCAUGGGGUAAAGUGUAGGAUGUAUACAGUGUAUUAUUGACUUGCAAACAUUUCAAUAUUUCGGAGAGUAAACAAAUUACAAUGCGUGUUUAACGCAACAUAGAACAAUUUCACUUUGAUUUUCUGAAAAGUCUAAACUUGAUUCACUCCGGCUGAAAUACUAUGCAGAUCGGCAAACCGGCUGAAAUAUUCUGUUGAUAUAAUUAUGGCCGGCGUUUGUGAUCCUAUAAUGAUUAGACCAAUAUUAUGUGAACAAAUCAAGGAUAGAAUAAUAAGAAGGAGAGGAAUAAGGAGGAGAAGAGAAGAAAAAGGGCGGGAAGACUGAGGAUAUUUGUAUUAUACUACAAAGAUUAUUAUUACUAAAACUGAGUGUAUAAAACCAGUUGAUAACAAUAUCAUGAAAGAGAUUCAUAAAUGCAAACUUAAUAAACUUAUCAUAUAAAAACGGUUGCAAAAUUGUGAGUACUGAAACCAAACAUAUUGCAAAACUGAAAAUACUUGGAAUAAGAUGUUGUACAAAUUGUCAGCUGUUGAGUAAUCAUCAAAAUUACUUGUCUUGAAAUUGUGUUAAUUAAGUGUGUCUGUGUUAACUUUAUGGCAAAGAUUUCCAAACACUGGCACCGGCCUAUGUCAUAAACCGGUAAACACGCGUUUUGCAUAUUCAGUUUUGUUUGUCAUUUUAAAAGUAUAACUAAUUUGAUCUUCUAAUUUUCUUCUUUUAAU